GUCCUCUUGGUCGGCGAAACAAGAAAACAUUCAGUUAGAUUACAGAUAAUUGUGAAUUCUUGGGAGGCCACCGUGCUUAGGCUUUAUUGAAAUUUUGCACAAGAUAAACAAACCAGUAAAAGUCCUUCUUGUUGUCACGUCAAGACGCAAGCGCCCGGGAUUUUCGCUAUAGUUGUCUUUGUCGCUCCAAUGAGCGGAAGAAUUGCGUCUGUCUCUGUUUGCAAUGACAAGACAGGAUGACGCACAGAUGAUAGAGUAUGUUACCUUAUUAACCAAAAGUUGGAAAUGGUAGUUUGUAAGUUCUUUUUACAAGGCUACUGCAAGUUUGGCGAUGAUUGCAAAUUCGACCAUCAAAUCACUAGCGAUUACAAUGCACCGAAGUCAUCCUCUAUCCUGCGUCAGGCACACUUCUCGCCACCUCAACAUUCUCAGCCAGGUAUGGCAGCCCAGUCGCCAAUUCAAGAAAAACAAGUUGAUCAAAAUACAUUGGUCCAAGCUGUGGUAAAUGACAUGAUUAGCAUUGAAAAGGGUGGGCAAUGGCUGCUUUCUUCUUAUGCCCCCUUCAAAAACAAAGUCACAUUUCCUGGAUUUGAGGACCAUAGCUUUGAAGAAAUCCGUUGGGGGUUCUACAAUGCCCAGAAGAAUGGUACAUUGGAUCAAUAUAAACAGCAAGUUCAAAUGAUGUUUCAAGAUGCAGCAAUGAAGGCAAAAGCUUUACAAACCCCAACACAAGAUGUAGUGCAAAUGAUCAGCAAUGUUUACAAUGCUCCAUCUGCUACAACUCAACAGCCCAGUUCUCAAAUUUUUGGCAGUAUUGGAGCUGUAUCAUCUCCUGCUAGUAAUAUUUUUGGAAGUAGCAAUGCAGCAUCAUCCCCAGCUAGUAGUAUUUUUGGUGGUAGCAAUACAGGCUCGUCUUUGACCAGUAAUAUUUUUGGGAGUGGCAGUGCAGCAAAUUCACCAGCUAGCAGUAUUUUUGGUAGUAGCAAUACAGCAAAAUCAACAGUUACCAAUAUGUUUGGUAGUAGCAAUACACCAUCUUCUCCUGCUAGCAAUAUUUUUAGUAGUAGUGGCACAGGAUCGUCUACAGGUGCUUCAAUUUUUGGUAGUACCAAUACAGCAAAAUCCCCAACUACAUCAAUUUUUGGCAGUAGCAGUGCUGCCUCACCUUCAACUCAAGCUUUUGGUAGCACUGCAGGGCCCUCCCAAGCUGGUACUAGUGUCUUUGGACAAACAAGUGUUUUUGGCAAGGCUCCCACACCUCAAGGAGGUUUUGGUCAGAAGGCUGUUUUUGGAGGUGGUCCUACUUUUGGACAAACUAGCAUCUUUGGCCAAUCGGGUGCCAGUGUUUUUGGUCAAGCAGCAACCAGUCCAGGAGGUUCAAUCUUUGGAAGUGCCUCAGCGCAAAAAACUAAUGUAUUUGGUAGCUUUGGUAGUUCUACUCCAGCUACUACUUCCGGCCAAUCACAGAAUCUAUUUGGAGGUAUGCAAGAAGGUUCUGCAGCUCCCUCUUCUACAAAUUUGUUUCAAACUUUGGCAGCCCAACAUUCAAACGGUGUGUUCCAAACUGGUUCAGGUCAGUCUCAAACUGGCAGUUUUCCUAAUACUAGCAGCUUCUCUCAACCACGAACUUCAACAGCUCCAAAUGUUUUCCAAGCUGCAUCAAGCCAGAUUCAAAGUAGCUUUUCUCCAUCACAAGCUUCUGGUAAUCCCUUCCAAACUGCUGCAAAUCAGCUUAAACCUAGCAUUUUUACCCAAUCACAAACUACAACCAGUCUCUUCCAAACUGCUGCAAACCAGGCUGAACCUUCGAAAACUUCAAAUGCCUUCCAGACUAUGCAAAGCCAUGCACAGCCAAGUAUAUUUGGUGGUAGUGCAUUUGGUCAAAAACCAACUUUUGGACAAGCUCCCAGUUUUGGACAACAAUCCACUUUUGGCCAAGCACCUCAAACAUCUAGUUUUGGACAAACAACUUCAUCACCCAUUUUCGGACAAACGACUCAAUCGCCUACUUUUGGACAAACGACUCAAACAUCCACUUUUGGAAAAACAUCUCCAACAUCCAAUUUUGGACAGUCACCUUCAACAUCUAGCUUUGGACAAACAUCUUCAACAUCCACUUUUGCACAAACAACUCGGGCAUCUGCUUUUGGACAAACAUCAACUACAUCAGCUUUUGGACAAGCACCUUCUACAUCCAGUUUUCUUCAAACACCUAGUUUUACAUCUCCAACACCUAGAUUUGGACAAAUACCCUCAACAUCUAUCUUUGGACAAUCACCUCAAUCGUCUGGUUUUGGACAAACUUCAUCUUCAACAUCAAUUUUUGGACAGUCACCUCAAAAACCAAUUUUUGGACAAGAGUCUACAACCUCAUCAGUGUUUGGUCAACAAGGUACACAAAGUAUCUUUGGAAGUUCUCAGGCGUCGUCACAAUCUACACAGAGCAUUUUUGGAGGUGCUCAGGCUUCACCGAUAAAUGUGCAGUCUCAUACGCAGAGUAUCUUUGGAGGUACUCAGUCUUCACAAGUUGUUAAGUCACAACCAGAAACUGCUGAUGAAGACCUGUAUUCUAAGCUUGAAGAGUUGAGUGUAGAAGAAAUAAAGUUCUUUGAGAGUGACGAGUGGGAUCUGAAAAAGAUACCUGAGAAGCCACCUACCUUGCAGAUGUGUCGUGGAUAAUAUGCUAAAAAUGCUUAACAGUGGUGACACAAAAUGUUGAAUUUCAUUAGCUUAUAAUUUUAUCUUGGAGAGUUGAGUUGAGUGAAUGAAGAUUUUUAUAGAGAAUGAAUUGAUAGUAUAAAUACUUCUGAAACCAUCUACUUAUAAUAUUUAAAAAGCUUCACAUUCUUUUAAAAUAGAAGUUUUUGUAUAUAGCAUCUUUCUGUUAUAUUGUUAAAAAAUCUCUUAAAAUGCUACAAACACUUUGUUAAGGUAGGAUAAUUUGUAAUAUAUAAUAAUAUGCAGAUUGACUGUCAAUGCAUAAGCACAGUAUUUGUAAUGCCGGGUCCACAUUAAAGCAACAAAACAAAAACAAGGAACAAAAUGGAAACGCAACAAAUAUGCAACCUUUUGGAAUCAAAACAAAAUGAAAACUUAUCCACAUUGCCAAGAGACAAACAAGUUUUCAGUUGUUUAGUUUGGUGCAGUUCACACCAAAAAUUUUCAGACUGAAAAUAAGCGCGAAGAUUUUAUCAUAAUGUCUGCUGGUUAUAUGUUUCUCCAGAGUUGUGGCCGGAAAAAUAAAAAAACGCUUUUGGGUGAAACCAUCCUAACGUCAAAGAGAAAAUCGUGGUAUUGAAAAAUUAUUGUCCGAUUUGCGUAAAGGUAAUAUUGGAUUGCGAGGAGAAAUGCGUGCUAGUUUCGAGAACUUUUUAAGAUUGUCCAGUGGAAACUUUGAAGAAGUAAUACAGCUGAUCAGUCCUUAAAUCUAUAUAAAAAAUACCAAUUUCAGAGAUGCCAUUAAAGUAGCUGAACGUUUGGCCGUAAAACUAAGAUACAGUAUACUCCCUAUAUAGUUCAAUUGAAAUACUCGUGUUAUCUACACUCCACUUUAAUUCUUCACCCAACAUACUGCGCAUUUAUUUUUAAACACCCUACAUAGUGCCUUCGAAUUUGAUUCUAGUUUAUGUUUUAUAUUUGUUUCGCUGUUGCGACUUUGUUAAGUACACACAUCGUACCGACAAUGUUGCCUGAAAUGAAAACAAAACAGAAACCUUGUGAUCUGUACCGACUUGCGACGAGAACGCCAAAAGUUGCCAAAAACAGAAACAAAACACGAAAUGUUGCUUAAUUGUUGAAAAAUAUUGAGUUGCUGUUUUGUUCGUUUGGUGUGGACCCGGCAUAAUAGAGACAAGAAAGCUUGAAGAUGGUCCUUAACAAACAGUCAAAUUAAAAACGUGUUUCUAACUGAUUUUCCAAUUUCUUCGUUAAGAAUCACAAAACAAAAUUGAAAUGUGAUUAUAUUCUUCACGGCAGUUUCACAAACUGUCAAGGAAUAUUGUUUGUUGAAGUAGCGUAUUUUUCAGAGACAUUUUAUUAUGAGUGAUCUUGAUUUAAUUUAUGUAUUGUAUAAACAAUAAAAUGACAGCAUAUUUUACAGUAUAGUCAUCACCUAUCAAAUGUAGAUUAAAUCUGAUUAUUUUAACAAAUAACACGACGCGAUAUCACGCAGUAAUAAAAAAAUCUUCCAUAACUUCCCACUACAGUACAGUCAUAGUGGAUAUUAUAUGAUAAACAUAUUACCAAAAUCUGUUGAAAAUCAUUUAUUAUACAAAUGUAAUAUACAUCAAUAAAUUUAAAUAAAAAGAAUAAGCAUUGGCUAUCACAGUAGUAUUCAGAUACUACAAAGUACAUAUGUUUUAUAUAGCGACAUAAUAUUAUCCCUAUCAUCAACGUUUAAGGAUGAAGGACCCCACAUAAAACAUAUGAAAAUGGGUCCCAGUCGAUUUGUCUAAACAUUCAAUAUACGUGUCGCCUUCCUGAACAGCUUCUCAUCGGACCAAAGCAGACUGAUGAUUAAUUUCUGAGAAAUAAGGGAUUGACGUUUGCCAGAUUUUUAAAUUCAUCAAGAAAACCAUUCAAAUGCAGCAAGUAUCGAACCUGCGAGGCGUUUAUAAAAUACAUUAUUAAUAGAUACCAUCCUCCAAUUACUAUUUAUGGGAGGUGCUAAUGCUACUUUAGAGCUUCAGAGCCAAACGUUAGUCCAGCGUUAGAUGAAGUAGAAGGCUUUCACACAAGGAAUGUACUUACCGUUUAGAGACCCAGUAAAGUAUAGGCUAUGGAUAUCUUACCAACAGAUUUAUGAAAAUAACCAGGAUUUACCUGAUUAUUACGCAGUAAUUAAUGGGAAUUACGGCAUAUGUAAAUCUGGCGCCCAAGACACGAGAUUGGAGUUCAUUAUGCGUCGAAAAAGUUGACUCAAACCGUUUUGUUGUGCCGGAAGCAGACCAAAACAAAAUUCCAAUACCCUAAACCCUGAAGCUAUGUCGCAUUACUGCGCUUUCACUUUCAUUUUCGCCUUCAAAAUCAACUUGCCCUUAUAAAAGUCAUAAUCAAAUACAACUAAACAACCACGACUUUUCCAUACCCUUGUGAAGCGAACUGUCCUCUUGUGAUUUUUUUAAAUUCUGGAACAACUCGUACGAGAUCCAUUUCAGUGUCAACGUAUAAAAUAAAUAAAUUGACCUUAUAAGGAUCAUGGUCAAGAUCAACAUGACACAUCCCAACGCAUUCUUAGACGGUUUUUAAAUGAAAUACUUCUUCAGCAUAACAGAAUUUUGUCUCAGAACCACAAUCGAUACUUUCACAAUUUUUGUAAAUCGGGCAAACCCCCUAUUCCUCAGAAACUAGUAAAAAUGCUUUGAUCCCAUGAGAACUUUUGUUUUGGAAAGCAAGCAAUAUCAUACUCGAUUUUUAAACAAAUCGACUGGGACCCAUUUUCCUUGUUUUAUGCGAGGCCCGCCUUCAUUGAUUAACAAAUCAUACUAGAAGAUGACUAAUUCAAUUGAAAGCAUUGCCUGCGCUAAAAUAACCAUGCGUACCUUGGUGCCGCCAAUCACUUAUACCUAUAACUAUAUACGUGUCCACCACCGUCUUUAGCCGCUAGGAUUGACACCUCUCGAACUGUUGCAGUAGGUUAUGGAAUUUUCGUUAAGAAAUUCAGCGAAUACAAAAUCUUGGGAAUUAUUACAAGGGGGUUGAUAG